AUUGUUCCAACUGAGAUCAAAUUAAUGGCCGACAAAAGAUCAAUUGAUUUGUACCUCAAACUACUUCAGUCAGGCUAUGAAUUUAAGAGAGAUAUACGUUUAGUAGUUGUUGGGAAAAAAGGUGCUGGAAAGACAACAUUGAUAAGAAGAUUAUUUGGUGAAGACAUUACAGAUGUUACCAGUACAAAUGGAAUAGAAAUUCAUAAAAUUAAAUGCAAAGCAAUGUCUGAUGAUGGCAUAUGGAAUAAACAAGAAGAAAACUAUGAGGAUACUCAAACUCAAGCAAGACUUUUAAAACAGUACGUAGGAAAAAUUCAGGACAAAAAACCAAUUCAAAAACCGGUAGAGUCCCACAUAGCCAUUAAGGACAACACACCUGUCACAUCUGUUGAUGAAUUAAAGAAAUCAGAGACAGCAUCCAAGCUAAUAAUAAAACCUCCAGAAGCAGCUGAACCUCACAAAGGAUUUCGAAACUAUGCUAUCCGCUAA